UACCAUCUAAAACUAGAAGAAGAAUCUAAACAAUUAACAGCAUUUACAGUACCACAAGGAUUUUAUGAAUGGAAUGUAUUACCAUUUGGAUAUAAAAAUGCACCAGGUAGAUAUCAACAUUUUAUGGAUAACUGUUUUAACCAGCUAGAAAAUUGUGUUAUAUAUAUAGAUGAUAUAUUAUUAUAUUCUAAAACACAAGAUGAACAUAUAAGAUUAUUAGAAAAAUUUAUACAUAUAAUCAAACACUCAGGUAUAAGUUUAAGUAAAAGUAAAGCAGAAAUUAUGAAACCACAGAUAGAAUUUCUAGGAAUACAAAUAGAUAAAAAUGGAAUAAAAAUGCAAACUCACAUAGUACAAAAAAUAAUUACUAUAGAUGAAAAUAUAGAUACAAAAAAGAAAUUACAAUCAUUCUUAGGAUUAGUAAAUCAAGUAAGGGAAUAUAUACCAAAAUUAGCAGAACAUUUAAAACCAUUAUACAAAAAACUCAAAAAAGAUAUUGAAUAUCAUUUUGACAACAAAGAUAAAGAACACAUAAAAAAUAUUAAAAAAUUAUGCAAAAAAUUACCAAAAUUAUAUUUUCCUGAUGAAAGUAGAACAUUCACAUAUAUAAUUGAAACAGAUUCAAGCGAUCACAGUUAUGGAGGAGUACUAAAAUAUAAAUAUGACAAAGAAAAGAUAGAACACCAUUGCAGGUAUUGCUCAGGAUCAUAUACUGAGGCACAAACAAAAUGGGAAAUAAACAGAAAGGAAUUAUUUGCAUUAUAUAAAUGUUUAUUAGCAUUUGAACCAUAUAUAGUUUACAAUAAAUUUAUUGUAAGAACAGAUAACACACAGGUAAAAUGGUGGAUAACAAAAAAGUUAGAUGAUUCAGUUACAACAAAAGAAAUAAGGAGAUUAGUAUUGAAUAUAUUAAAUUUUACAUUUACAAUUGAAAUUAUAAAAACUAAUGAAAAUCUCGUUGCAGAUUACCUAUCAAGAAAAAGGAACACAAACUGAACCAGAUACAACAGAAGAAAUACUCAAAGCUAUUAAUACACUUUCUACGAAGGUGGAUAGUAUGGGAAAAGAGUUACAAAAUCUAAAAGCUAAUAGUCAGCAGCAUGACUAUAAAUAUGCGGAGCUACGCCAACAUAUAGAGUUACGUCGAUCGGAAGACGCUAAAAUUCCAGAGCUACAAGGAGACGAUGGGAAACUCCGAAAAACCCAUAACAAUGUUUGUUUAGAUACAGCUGCAGGUACAAGCAAAAGAGUUACUGAGAAAUCAAAAAAUACAAAUUUAAACCAGCUAUUUGCAAAACCAUUUACCCAAAAACCACAAAUGCAGAUACCAGUAGAACCGCAAACAUCUACCUACGCAGUUAGCCUACAAAAUGACAAAAAGAGAUAUAACUACAUUACACAGUCCUACAUUGAAAAUAUAUACAAAAUCCAGACAUAUUUAAACCUAAACCCAAAAUCUACACAAACAAAAAAUCCCGAAGAAGACUAUAUAACCCAGAAACUACAAGGAUAUAACAAACUUAUUGCACAACCUAAGACCAAUCCCAACCUAGUAAAAACGUGUUAUAACUACGGACUACUAAAUACAGCCUACACAUAUACCGGAGAAGAAAUAGCCGGAAUACCAGAACUACAUAAAGCAUUUUUAACAUAUAAAAGAAUUACCAAAGGAAAUUUAUUCUAUAUAAAAUGUUAUACAGCACCAGCAGAGAUACUAUACGAAGAGAUAAAAUCACCAAUACAGGUGGUAAAGAUAGGAUUAACCAGAGAUAUGAUUAUUCCAGAAGAGAUAGAAAAACAAAAUGAGAUACCAAAAGUAGAAAUACCUAACUUUUAUGCAAAUAAAAGAAUAAUUGGUAUAGCUACAAUUAUACAAGAGUUAGCAAACAAUUAUUUAAAUGGCAAUGCCAUUUGGAGCUAUUAUGCAAGAGAUCAGGUAAUGAUUUAUGCGAACUCCAAAGAGCUAAGGGAAUCAGAUAUGGAUGAAGUCCAGCGAUGGAUUUUGUCAUUAUUAAAACCAGAAGAACAACCAUCUACGAGAGCUUUGAAGAAAGGAUUUAUUUCAGAAGAUUUAUUAGUAAGAUAUUGCAAACUUAUCAGCUACAAAUACCCAGAUCAUAAAUGCUCCAAGUGCAACGGAGAAGAUAAUGUGAUACCUACAGUUGAUUUGGGAUAAAGACGAAGCUACACCAGAAGAUUCAGAU